AUGCCUGCAUCCCCUGCAGAAUUACAUGUUGCCUACACCACCAACGCCAACGGAAGCGCUGAUAGCAGCAACACACCGGGCGACGUUAAGGCCGCUGAUCCAGCCGCGAGCAGUGGGAGGACGCGUGGCAGCAGCAGUUCGCAUGCGUUUUCGUCUACGGUGCUUCUCCCGCGCUCUCCCCUGCGGCUUCGUGGGGAUAUCUGGAGGUCUGAAUUAGCGGUGCAACGGCUAUGGCGACGGCACCGAACCUAUGAGCGGCUGCUCCUGCAGAUAUGGUGUCUCAACAGAUGGGCGCAGGAGCAUAACACGAGCGGCAGCAGCAGCAACAACAACUCCAGUGGCGGAACCAGCAACAUUGACACAGGCCACAUGGAGCAGUCGGAGAUAUCAGAUGCGUGGCUCGACGCUCUCGGGUUUGCGCUUACGCCUCCGAACAGUGAGGAUCGCAGCAGCAGCAACGUGCUGCUGCUGGACGGCCCUCCGUAUGCCAAUGGAGAGCCUCACUUAGGCCACGCAGUAAACAAGUGCCUGAAGGAUUUUGCCGUUAGAGCAGCGCUAUUGCAACGCCGUUGCUGCCACCUCCUGCCCGGCUGGGACUGCCACGGCUUGCCCAUCGAGCUGCGAGCUGCCGCUGCUGAGGAGGCGCAACGGAAAGGAGGGGAAGCUUCACCAGCGCAUUUCCCCAUCCUCAGCGGGCUGCAACGAAGAGAAGGGAACCCCGCGGAUGCCAGCAGCGAUACUAGACCGAGCCGCAGCAAAGAAGAAGAGGGCGAGUCUGAAUCUCUGCGUAGGAGGGCCCGCCUUGUGGCUCUUCACUUUGCUUCACAGCAACAAAAAGCGUUUGAGCGGUUUGGUGUGUGGGCACAUUGGGAAGAUGCUUACAAAACGCUGGACACCGACUUCAAGGCCAAGGAACUGCGGCUCUUCGCGCUCCUGUGGAACCAGGGUCUCAUAUCCCCCUCUCGCUUUCCUGUUUAUUGGAGCACUGCAAGCCUCUCGGCCGUAUCAGACAGCGAGGUGAUCUUUAAACCCACGAACAGAGAGUGCCUCUACCUGAAGUUCUUGCUGCAAGAGCCUCCAUCUCUCCCAGAGCGAACCUUGCCUCUCUUCAAGCAAACGCGAGGCCCGUGGUACUUCGUUUCGUGGACUACCACUCCCUUUACAGUCCCCGCCAGCAGAGCCCUCGCGCUCCACCCCAAAGCGCAAUACGCCAUCCUUAAAGCCUCCAUGAAAGGCUCCCAUGGACUUUCGGACGCGUGCUGCCCCUCAGAGACAGGGGGCACAAAAGAGGAAAUAUGGCUAGUGGGGGAAAAGUGCGUACCGUCUUUUAUGGAGGCUUUGAGGAGCGCAGAGGCCUCCUGGACUGCAGAACAGAUCGGCACACUUUCCGGAGAUCAAUUGGGCGGACUGCGAUACGUUCAUCCUGUGGCGAGCAGUGUGACUUGCCCCGUCCUGCUGGACCCCGUGGUGGAAGUCGAUAAGGGCACUGCCGUCCUUCACGUGGCCCCAGCACAUUCUCAAGAGGACUUUCGGCUCUGCGAGCGAGCAGGGCGGGGGACCUUUCUGGUUGUUAAACGAGCUGGAGGCAACACAAGCUCAUUCCGGGUGCCCCUGCUCCCUGAACUGGAAGAAGAAGAAGCGGCAGCAGCCGCGGGGGCUCCCCUUCUGUGCCCUGUCGGCCCCCAGGGCACCUUUCUGGGAGGCAUCGGCAGCGAUCCCUUUAAAGGGCUUGAGGCAUUGAAAGGGGGCGAGGAUGAAAUUUGUGCUUUUCUGCGUCGUAAGAACACUCUGCUGCUGACGGGGCUCCUGCCACGGGUUCUUAGGGACUUGCACAGCAUCAGGUGGCUGCCCGCUCGGCGCAGCCACAACGUGCAGCAGCAACAUGACAUCAAGGAAGGGACACAGGAGGGCGACAAUUUCAAAGGUACUUCGACGGAAGACGCAAAAAGCGAAGGCCGCAAGAAAUCAGCGGCAGACGAAAUGCAAGCAGCACCACAAGCGGGUUCUAAAGGAGCAGCUGCUCCUGGAUAUGAGCGCAUCCGGGCCGCUUUGUUGACACGGCCGUCUACGUGGUGUAUCUCUCGACAGCGACUGGCUCACAAGUUUAUCCAGCGGUGGACAGCAAGCGCUAAUGCUCUUCUAAGCCAACAUCUUCCAAAAAAGCUGCAGCAGCAGGCGCAGUGCAGUCAGCACCAGCAACCGAGCGUGCAGCCUCAGCAGCAGCCGCCACCUCAGGUGUCUCAGCAACAGCAGCAGCGUCACGAAGGAAGGGCAGAGCCCUAUUGCUGCCUUGUUAUUGAGGGGUCAGAUCAGAGCAGAGGAUGGUUCCAGAGCAUGUUGCUCUCUCACGCAGGCGCCCGGGAAGCCCUCCGUCGGCAGCAGGCAAAGUGGGAGAGGACUGCUGAGGCUUUGCAACCUGGAGACACCCCCGACACGCGAUGCAUGUUUAAGCGACAAACAGACCAGCUCGCACCAGGGAUUGCUGGGCCAGGAGCUGAUCGACAGCCGCUCGCAGGGGAAGAUUUGGGAGAGUGGGAUAUACCAAAGCUUCCAUUCAACUUGGUUGUGACUCAUGGGUUUGUUGUAGACUCGAGCGGAAACAAAUUAAGCAAGUCCAAGGGUACCGCCUUGUCGCCGGCCCUCUUCUUCACUGCUGAACGAGAAGCCCAACAAGCGGUCACAGCAACGAAAGCGUUGCCUUCUGCUGCGUCGAGCAUCCCGACCAUGUCACAGCCCCAGCAGCUCUCUCAGCAGCGGCAACGGAAGGAUGGGCAGCUGAUGUACGGGGCUGACGUUUUGCGUCUGUUUGUUGGAUCUCUGGACUUUGGGACGGAUAUGGCGUGUCCUUCCUGGGGUCCGGAGCAGCGACGGAGUAGAGACACUGCAGUGCAUGCAUCCAGCGCUGCCUAUAUCAAGCUGAGAAAUUUAUUUAAGUACCUCAUCGGCGCCCUUCAAGACUUUGACCUCAGAACUCACGCCGUCUCUUUAGAGGACUUACCGCUUCUUGAUGUAGGCAUGAUACUGAGGCUCAAGGCCCUGGCCGACGGGAUGGGCACAGCCUACGAAACGCUACAAUCAAACAAGGCUUUGCGUUUGCUUCUUCGAUUUGUCUCUGAGGAUCUGUCAGCAACAUAUCUCGAAACAGCGAAGGACAGACUAUACCUCGACCACUAUGGAGGCUACCGCAGACGCAGUUGCCAGACAGUACUCGCUAUUUCUUUGCUGGCAUUGCUGCCACUGGUGGCCCCCCUGACUCCCCAUCUGGCGGAGGAGACCUUUUGGAGGAUGCCUCACGGACUACGGAGGGCCCUGUGUGUACACCGCACCCGCAAGGUGUGCGACCUGUUGGGUUCAAAAGGAGGCGAAUUGGCAAGGACUCUCGGAUUGAUGGGAUGGCCCCGCAUGCACUAUGCUGUAGCACCCCGCAAAGCGGCCGAGGCUGAGCGGCUGUGGACGCUCCUUUUGCUCCUUCGCCAAGAUCUUCACUGGCUCUUUACGAGGGCAGGGCAGCAGCAGAAGGAUUGCCCAAGGGGGCACUCCCGUUUGGGGUCUCUUAACGACUUGAAGCUGACUAUUGAUGCUCCGAGUAGGGAGAGCCACGAGGAACUGCGAAAGCUGCUCCCACAAGCGAAGCUAUUACGGCCAGCUCCGCAUUUUCAGUUCCCUCCGGGGCAGCAAACCUCGGGGAGAAGAACACCUGCACACUGCCGUUCCUACGUGGACGAUUUGCGGUGGCUGUUGCAGUGUUCCGAAGUUGUGCUUAGGGGUCCAGAAGCUGCGGAAGACCACCUAAGAGAAGAGGGAGGUGCAGGAGAGGCCCUCGCGUCGCUGGAAGCGGCCGCAUCAAAGUCAGGUUUGGGGCUGAGGCUCUACAGGGCCCAGGGGCUGAAAUGCCAGAGGUGA